ACCGAAUCCCAGGAAACCCGACCCGCGUAGCCUGCGGAAACCCUAACCCGCGAACGACGAACUCCCCGCGAAUGGGCAGAAAACCCUAAUAAGCUUCCCCCCCAAAAAAAAAUCUUUUGCUAUUGAGAAAAUGGAGGAAGAUCGUUUGAAGCAAGAAAAGGUUCAGAGAUUUGAGGAGUUCGUCGACCGCCGCUUGAAGCCCGAUCUCGUCAACGCCAUAGCUCAAAGGGACAAGGUAUUCGAGCAGCAGAAAGUGUUCUCGGACCUGAAGAGAAACAUCGAGAAUCUGCAGAAGAAUGGAGUGAGCUCUCUGAGGACGAUGGUCAAUCUCGGAUCCGAGGUGUAUACGCAAGCUGAUGUCCCUGAUACACGGCACAUAUUUGUGGACGUGGGGUUGGGCUUUCAUUUGGAAUUUACUUGGUCAGAGGCACUGGAAUUUAUCUCUCUAAGGGAAGCUAGGCUCUCAAGACAAAUUGAGGAGUACACCCACCUUAUUGCACAAAUCAAAGCACAAAUCAAACUGGUUUGCGAAGGUAUCAGGGAGUUGCUCCAGUUACCAGCCGAGUAAUGUUUAUUGCUUGCUCUGCUGACAGCAGCUAGAUUUCUUCCUGCAUCCAAGAUUGAUAUCUUCCGAAUAAAAAAGAAACAAUUGAUGUCCUAAGGAAAGAUGAGUCUAUUUUUUUAAUUCUUUUUUGGUAAGAACAAGUCUCUUCAGUUGUUAAGGUUAAUAUAGUUUUUGUUCUCUUUAGUGUGAUAAUUUUCCUCUGUUCAUUUAUGUGUAUACUUAUUUCCAGUUUGAAUUUCAGUAUACCAGCGUGCACCGCUGUCUAAAAAUUCUGAGUUGCUGAGCUAAAUCUUGAAGUUCAUGUAGCACU